AUGGCACCUCAAAAAAAUAAGAUUGAUAUGUCCUUAGAUGAGAUUAUAAAAAUGAGCAAAAAAAAUGCCAACAAAAAGUUUGGUGGAGUUAAAAAGUCUGGUGCUGUAAAAAAAAUAAAAAUGGUUGGUGAAAUGAAAGUAGCUAAAAAAGUUAAUCCUGUUGUAGCAGCAAGAAAAAGAACAAGAAUUGCAGCUGCCAAACUUGCUGCUACCAGAAAGUUAAAGGAUGCUAAUUUAAAUAAUAAAGCCACUCAAAAAGUUAUUCGUUCAAUUGUAGCUGAAGUAUUGAAGAGUAAAUCUCUUAAUACUAGAAUUAACAAGACAAAUAUCAGUGGCAAAAGCGGAUUCAAAAUUGGAAAAGAUAAAAAUAGAUUAAAUCGUAUUCAACAGACAUCUCGUAUCAUUUCUAAGGCUAAAAUUCAACGUCCAUUACGUAAAAUUGUGCAAAGUAAUGGUGUUGGUAACAAUGGAAGAGUAAUGCCUUCAACAAAUAUCUUUAAAUCUAGAUUGAUUGCUCAUAAACUUCGAGGAAAUGAUAGGAUCACUCCAGUUAAUGGAAGAAAUAAUGAACCUAAAAAAAAUUUCAAAAAUAAAUUUGAUAAUCGUAGUAACAAUAGAAGGCCUAAUCAAAGAGGUAGAGGUUUUAAUGCAAAAAAAGAGCAUCCUAAUAACUUUUUAAAAAGAAACAGUGGUCGAUUUUAA